AAAUAAUACCUAAAACCCUAUUUUCAUUCCCCUCUCUCUCUUCUUCUCGCUCAAAAAUCUCACUCCAUUUCUUUUCAUAUUUCAAAUCUCAAUCUUUCGAUUCAGCAAUGAAACAUCAACAAUGGCGAAUUCUUCAUCUUCUUCUUCGCACUCACCACAACAUUCCCAAUCAACCUCAGGUACUUCGCUCUUUCUCUUCCAUUCCACAUCGUUUCAACACCAAUCAUUCCAAUUCCAAAUUCACUAUAAACCCUAAUUUUCGCCAUUUCUCUUCCGAACCCGUUCUCGCAAACGUUGAACCCGAUCACUCCGUCAUCGUCGAAAUAUUCUCGAAAACCGGAGAUCUUAACGAUGUUAACAAACACCUCGAUUCGAAUCGCGUUUCGAUUAAUCACGACGCGGUUAACGCAGUUUUGGGGAAGUUCGAAUCUGACCCCGAUUCGGCGCGGAGAUUCUUCAAAUGGGUAUUGGAAAAUCAUCCGGAAAGGUUGAGCUCAAAAUCUUAUAACGCGAUGUUGUGCGUUUUGGGAACGAAUGGAGUUGUUGAAGAGUUUUGGGAUUUGGUUAGUGUUAUGAAGAAAAAGGGUUACGGUGUUUCGAAAUGGGUUUGGGAGAGAGUGUUGGGGUUUUUUGAAAAAAGUGGAAUGGAUGGUGAUGUUGUGAAGUUGAAGGAAUUGUUUGAUAACGAUACUGUUGAGAGGAAGUUUUCUAGUUUGUGUAGGAUUGUGAGGAACAAUGUUUGGAGUGAUGAGGUUGAGGGGCAAAUUAGGGAUUUGAAUGUUGGGUUUGAUAGUGAAUUGGUUAAGAUGGUUUUGGAGAGUUUAGGUUCGGAACCGAAUAAGGCAUUGAUAUUUUUCAGGUGGGUGGAGGAGAGUGAAGUUUUUAAGCAUGAUGGAUGUACUUAUAAUGCAAUGGCGAGGGUUCUGGGAAGGGAGGAUUCGAUUGAUAGGUUUUGGAAGCUUGUUGGUGAUAUGAGGAAUGCUGGAUUUGAGAUGGAAGUGGAAACCUUUGUUAAGGUUUUGGGACGGUUUUGUAAGAGGAGAAUGAUUAAGGAUGCUGUUGAGUUAUAUGAGUUUGCUAUGGCUGGUGAUGACAAGCCUUCGCCGCCAUGUGGUACUUUUCUGUUGAAAAAGGUUGUUUCUUCUAAGGAGUUGGAUAUGGAUUUGUUUUCUAGGGUUUUAAAGGUUUUUACUGGAAAUGGUAAUGCUUUGACAGAUUCUGUAGCUGAUGCUGUACUGAAGUCUUUAACCAGUGUCGGUAAGAUUGGUGAGUGGAAUAAGGUUUUGAAAGAAAUGGAAGAUUACGGGUUUGUUGCUAGUGGUAGCUUGCGUAGUAAAAUUGCAUAUCGACUCGGUGCUACCGGUAAAAAGGAACAAGCUAAUGAGUUUGUGAAUAGAAUUGAGGAAUCUGGGUCUAAUCCAGAUCACAAGUUGUGGAACUCUUUAGUUGAGGGGCAUUGUGUUGGUGGGAACCUUGAUAAGGCUUUUGAAUCUUUCAAAGAGAUGGUUGAAAAAGAGGGAGUUGCAUCUGCGGGCUAUACUUUUGAUUUGUUAAUGAAUUCAUAUUGCCAAAUGAAUAGAGCGAAAGAUGCGAGCAAGGUUCUUAGUCAAUGGGUGAACGAAAAAGAGUUAAAGCCUCGUCAUUCUACUUACAAGCUGCUGGUAACUAAAUUAUUGACUCAAGGAGGAUUUGCAGAUGCCUUAAAUAUUUUGGGUUUAAUGAGAACCCAUGGAUUCCCUCCUUUUACCGAACCCUUAAUCCAACACAUAUCAAAGCGUGGAAAUGGUGACGACGCCAUUAUCUUUCUCAAGGCAAUGACCUCAAAGAAGUUUCCAUCGACAUCCAUGUACCUUGUAAUGUUUAACGUCUUCUUCGACCAAGGAAGGCAUGGAGAAGCACAAAAUUUCCUCUCGAAAUGCCCACGUUACAUUCGUGACCAUGCUGAUGUCUUGGAUCUUUUUUGUUCCAUGAACUCCAAAGAAGCUGAUGCUUCUUCUGGUAUGUUGGCUGCUUAAGUUUAAUAAUGUAUCUCGUAUUGUACUCUCCUGAGAAGAUUGUACAAUGACAUUUGUUUGGAAAUUUUGGUGAGAGUUUAUUCUUUGUCCUUCAUCUAAGUUAUUGAUAUGAGAAGUUGAAUCUAGCUUUGAAUAAGGCCAAAUAACCCAAAUAAAUUUUUGACAUUCUAAGAUUUUUUUCCCUCCAUGCUAAUAUGUGUUUCACAUGUACCUUGUAAUUCUUGCCUUAAGCAUCAUUAUUGAUUGAAGGGCAACAUACAUAUGCUUUGGUUGGUGCUUCAUUUCAUUGGGCUCUGUGGUUCUUGCAGCAUUCUAGUUUAGAAUCUCUUAAUAAUAUAUAUUGUCGAUCAAGAUGAAGCUAUACGAGCAGCAUUCUAGGUUAGCCUUAUUAUGUGUUGUUUGAACAGCAUUAUCAGAGAUCGAUGCCUUCAAUUUACUAUGUAACUUAGUUUGUUUUGGAGUAAAAUUUUCAGAUGGGAUAAUCACAGUUUUCAGUCUGGAUAAUGGUAAUGCAACAGGUUUAAUUGUUGUUGCUAAACUUUGUUAGUUAUUAAUUAGGUUUCUGGAGCAGUCACACUAUUUCACACUGUUUGAACCAAAGUAAUUGAAACUACGGAUGUUAAUGACACCUA